AUGCAUGCUGUGUCAACAUGCGAACACUCUCGUGUUUCUUGUUCUCGUGCUCACUCAUCCCUCCCCUCCCACCGCCCGUCCCCACCUCUCCACCCCGCUCUCUUUCUUUGGGUGAGCAGAGACGUGUCCAACAGGGGCCUCAACGGCCGCUUGCCUGUUGCCCUCUCCGCCCUCUCGCGCCUUCAAUCCCUGUCAGUUGCCCCACCUCCUCUCCCUGUCAGCCGUCUCCAAUCACUGCCAGUCAGUUACUGUCAGCCUCGCCUCCUCUCCCUCUCAGUCGCCUCCUCUCCCCUCAUUCGCCUCCACUCACUGUUUGUCGCCCUGCAACCCCCCUUCACCCAACCCACCUCGCUCUCCACUCCACCCAUCACCCUCCACCAGUCACUCACUCCGUUGCCUCCUCACUCUCAUGCUCUCUCACCUCCCAAUACCACCACCACACCCCCCCCUCCCCACCCGUCCCCCGUCCCACCCCCUCCCACCUCGUCCUCUUGUGCACUCCUCCACCCGUCACCACUCAACCCGUCACCACUCUCCACUU